CCCGAUUCAUCGUUUCAUCGGUGACAGUUUUCACCACAGCACAGCGUGUGUUUUUAUUAUGAACCGGUGCGUGAUGUAACUUGAAAUCCCGACACUGAUGACUGAAGUGCUUCACGCUAAGGCCGAGUAGAACAAUGAGUGACACCGUAGACCCAGUAGAGCAGAUGCUACUCAAAACUGGUUGCAUCAAUCUUCACUACAAAGUUCAGGAGUGCAUAGCGGAAACCGGCGACUGGCGCAAGUGUCAGGACGUAGUCAAAGAGUUCAAAUCCUGCAUGCAGGACUACACCGACAAGCAGCGGCAAAAGUACGAAAAACGGCAAUGAUGAACCUGUUCAGAAAGCUAACUUCGACCGUGGCCGGGCCAACAAAGAUGGUGCUAGUUGUACGAUCCGACCUAGGAUUAAGAAAGGGAAAAAUCGCCUCCCAAUGCGCCCAUGCAGCCGUUAUGUGUUACAUGCGAUCAGCUAGCGUUAACCAGGCGAAGCUGAAUUUGUGGUUGGUACAAGGACAACCGAAGAUUGUAGUCAAAGUGGAAAGUCUGGAAGAGAUGGUGGCAAUCGCCCAGCAGGCCAACGAAAAGCGCGUGGUGGCCGAGAUAGUAAGAGAUGCCGGCAGAACUCAGGUUAGCUCUGGGACAGAGACAGUAUUGGGGCUUGGGCCGGAUUCAAGCGAUGUCAUUGAUUCGUUAGCGGGGCAUUUGAAAUUGUUAUAAGAAAUACAUGGUUCAUUAGUUAAAAAGACUGAGUUAUAA